CACAUCCACAUCACCAUGUCGCACGGAUUCAGGCAGGACAUGCCCCCGCCGGGGGGCUACGAGACCCUCAGGUACAAGCGCAACCUCCCCCUCAAGGGUCCCUCCGGCGCCGUCCUCUUCGGCGGCGUCUUUGCCAUCUGCACCCUCGGCUUCUACAGGCUCGGCCAGGGCAACGUCGAGAAGCGUGAGCUCAAGCGCGAAAAGGCGUGGUCAAGGAUCAACGUCGUCCCGCUUCUUCUUGCCGAGCAGGACAGGGAUGCGUACAGGCGCCAGCAGGCCGCCCUGGCGAGGGAGAAGGAGAUUAUGAAGGACUAUCCCGGGUGGGAGGCUGGCAAGCGCACCUACAACAGCUCGAGAUAUACGCCAAACACCAUCGUUGUUCUCUAGACACAUGUUUUCUAGACGGCGGCGUCUUGGCGCUGGAGAUGUAUGGGCAUUGCAUUGGGUGUUGCGGGGCUAGAGUAGUUGUCCAAAGCAUCUAAAGUAAUCUAAAGUAAUCCAAAGUAAUCGUUGCAG